AUGCCUCUCGAUAUCCAGGACAACGCCAUCGCUGGCCACGCCGAGGCCCAGCGUGACCUUUACGUCGCCGGCGUCAAAGCUCACGGCGGCAGCGACAACCUUCACCCAGCUGCUCACCUCGAAAGUGGCGUUGCUGUCAAGGCCGUUGUUUCGGACGACGACUUUGUCGCCCCCACCGAAGAGGACCUUGCCACUUUGCGACGUGUCCCCGAAAAGCUCCCCUGGACCACUUACGCCAUUGCUUUCUGUGAGCUUGCAGAGCGUUUCUCCUACUAUGGUUGUAUUCAGGUCUUCCAGAACUUCAUCCAGCAGCCUCGUCCUGCUCGCAGCCGUGCUGGUGCCGGUGGCGCCAAUGACCAGUCUGGUGCCCUCGGCGAGGGUCAGCAGGCCGCCACUGGUCUCACUACCUUCAACACCUUCUGGGUCUACCUCAUGCCCAUUCUUGGUGCUUACCUUGCCGAUACCCGCUGGGGUCGUUUCAAGACCAUAUGCAUCGCCGUCUUUGUUGCCAUGGUUGGUCACGUUCUCCUCAUCGUUUCUUCGCUUCCUACCGUUCUCGACAACCAAGAUGGUGCCAUGGCUUGCUUCGUCAUUGCCAUCAUCAUUAUGGGCGUAGGAACGGGUUGGUUCAAGAGCACCAUCAGCCCUUUGAUUGCCGAGCAGGUUAACGGCUCCAAGCAGUCCGUCCAGACCCUCAAAACCGGCGAGCGUGUCAUUGUUGACCCCAUCUUGACCAUCAGCCGUAUCUUCAUGUACUUCUACCUCUUUAUCAAUAUCGGUGCUCUUGGUGGUCAGCUCGGCAUGUCCUUCUCCGAAAAGUACGUUGGUUUCUGGCUCGCCUACACCCUGCCUACCAUCGUCUUUGCUCUCUGCAUUCCCGUCCUUGUCUUUGGCUCCAAGUACUACGUCAAGACUCCCCCUUCCGGCUCUGUUCUUGCCGAGUGCAUGCGCCUUUGGGCCUUUGCCACCAAGGGCCGUUGGACCGCCAACCCCGUCAAGCUCAUGAAGAACAUGCGUUCGGACGACUUCUGGGAGAGCGCCAAGCCCUCCAAGCAGUCUGCCGAGACCAAGCCCAAGUGGAUGACCUUUGACGAUGCCUGGGUUGACGAGGUUCGUCGUGGUUUCAAGGCCUGCACUGUCUUCCUCUGGUUCCCCCUCUACUGGCUCACUUACAACCAGAUCACCAACAACCUUGUCUCGCAGGCUGCCACCAUGGACGUCAAUGGCUUGCCCAACGAGGUCGUCUCCAACCUCGACCCGUUUGCCCUUGUCAUCCUCAUCCCCAUCUUUGAUCUCUUCCUCUACCCUGCUCUUCGCAAGGCCGGUAUCAACUUCACUCCCCUCAAGAAGAUUGCUCUUGGUUUCUUGACUGGUGCUCUUGCCAUGGUCUGGGCUGCCGUUGUUCAGCAUUUCAUCUACAAGAAGUCGCCAUGUGGCAAGGCUGCCUCCACCUGCGAGGACGCUGACGGUGUCUUUAUCCCUGCUCCCAUCACCGUUUGGGUCCAGUCCGGCUCUUACAUCCUCAUCGCCGUUUCCGAGAUUCUUGCUUCCAUCACUGGUCUCGAGUACGCUUUCUCCAAGGCACCCAAGUCGAUGCGUUCGCUCGUCAUGUCCAUGUUCCUCUUCACCUCGGCCAUCGCUGCUGCUCUCCAGCAGGCAUUCAUUGCCCUCUCGGAAGACCCCAACCUGGUCUGGAACUACACCGUCUUUGCCUGCCUUGCCUUUGCCGGCUUCAUCGGCUUCUGCUUUGCCUUCAGGAAGCUCGACGCCGAGGAGGAUGCCCUCAACCAGCUCGAUGCCGGCCAGGUCCACGCUGUUGAGAACUCUGACCUUGGUCGCUCGGAGAAGGCCCUUGCUCCCUAA